GAGCAGACGCCAGGCGCAGCCCCAGCGAGCGCACGCAGGGCGCGGACCCCGCGAAUCGGAGACCCGCGGAUUGGAGCAUCCCUCCCCCCCUACACCCCACCACACACACACCCGAACACCCCUGAUCCGAGCCGGGGCCUGGAGGGGUCCCUCUGUUCCCGAGGGAGGGGUCAUGGCCUUCAUGCUGCUCACCCGGCAGCUGGCCUGCGGCUCCCAGAACACCUUUCGCCUGCUGGCGCCUGGAGCCAGACACAUCAGCCAAGCUGCGGCCAAAGUCGAUGUAGAGUUUGAUUAUGACGCGCCCCUGAUGAAAACCGAAGUCCCGGGACCUAGAUCUCUGGAGUUAAUGAGACAGCUGAACAUAAUUCAGAAUGCAGAGGCCGUACACUUUUUCUGCAACUACGAGGAGAGCCGGGGCAACUAUCUGGUGGACGUGGACGGCAAUCGCAUGCUGGACCUGUAUUCUCAGAUCUCCUCUGUCCCCAUAGGUUACAAUCAUCCGGCCCUCAUGAAACUCGUUCAGCAGCCUCACAAUGCGAGCACGUUUAUCAACAGACCUGCCCUGGGCAUCCUGCCUCCAGAGAACUUCGUGGACAAGCUCCGGGACUCCUUGCUCUCGGUGGCCCCCAAAGGGAUGUCUCAGCUCAUGACCAUGGCCUGCGGCUCCUGCUCCAACGAAAACGCAUUCAAGACCAUCUUCAUGUGGUACAGGAACAAGGAAAGAGGUCAGAGGGGGUUCUCCAAAGAGGAACUAGACAGCUGCAUGAUUAACCAGGCCCCCGGUUGUCCCGACUACAGCAUGCUCUCCUUCAUGGGCGCGUUCCACGGGAGGACCAUGGGUUGCUUAGCGACCACACACUCCAAAGCCAUUCACAAGAUCGACAUCCCCUCCUUCGACUGGCCCAUCGCACCCUUCCCGAGGCUGAAGUACCCUCUGGAGGACUUUGUCAAGGACAAUGAACAGGAAGAGGCCCGCUGUCUGGAGGAGGUGGAGGAUCUGAUCGUGAAGUAUCGGAAAAAGAAGAAGACGGUGGCGGGGAUCAUUGUGGAGCCCAUCCAGUCUGAGGGCGGAGACAACCACGCGUCAGAUGACUUCUUCAGGAAGCUGAGGGACAUUGCCAGGAAGCAUGGCUGUGCUUUCUUGGUGGAUGAGGUCCAGACUGGAGGGGGCUGCACUGGAAAGUUCUGGGCCCACGAGCACUGGGGUUUGGAUGACCCGGCAGAUGUGAUAACCUUCAGCAAGAAGAUGAUGACCGGGGGCUUCUUCCACAAGGAGGAGUUCCGGCCCAGCGCGCCUUACCGGAUCUUCAACACCUGGUUGGGGGACCCGUCCAAGAACCUGCUUCUGGCCGAGGUCAUCAACGUCAUCAACCGCGAGGACCUGCUGAACAACGUGACACAUGCGGGAAAGGCCCUGCUGGCGGGGCUGCUGGACCUCCAGGCCCGGUACCCCGAGUUCAUCAGCAGGGUACGAGGACGAGGCACUUUCUGCUCCUUUGACACUCCAGAUGAAUCCAUACGGAAUAAAUUCAUUUUACUGGCCAGAAACAAAGGUGUGGUGUUGGGGGGCUGCGGCGACAAAUCCAUCCGUUUCCGCCCCACGCUGGUCUUCAGGGAUCACCAUGCUCACCUGUUUCUCAACAUCUUUAGCGACAUCCUAGCUGACUUCAAGUAAAGAAGCCAUUUCCACGGCACUCGGAGGAAGCUCCAAGCUCAACAGUUGUCAAAUUGAUUAGUUUGCCUAAUUCAUGUUUUCACUUAAAAAGUAUCAGAGGCGA